AUGGAUUGUUGCGGGCUGACAAGCAGAGCAGUCGUACGAGAAGACGAUCAAUCUAUUCGAAUUAAUGACGAUGGUGUAUUAGAAAUCGAUUGGUUAGAUGGGUUUCAAUCUAGCUUUACUGCCGAACAGCUAAAAUCCUGGGGCCAGCUGUCGAGACCCGUCAAAUCCAGGGAUCUACACGAAUUAUGGACUGGUACCUCUUUAAAAGCCAUGCCUCGUAUCCCAUUGGAUCAGCUGACCGUUCACGAAUUUACACGACUUUUUAUACGAUACGGGUUUGUGCUUGUAGAUGGGGUGGCUGGGACCGCCGAGGCCACCGAAAAGCUCUGCCGUGAAUUGGGAGUGAUCCACGACACGUUUUUUGGUGCUUUCUGGGUGUUCAGCAAUAAGAGUCACGAGAGGACGGAUACGGAAGAAUUCCACGAGGAUACUGCCUACAGUUCCGAAGGGAUUGGCCCGCACACUGAUGGAACAUAUUUUCAUCAAACGCCCGGGAUCCAGGUAUUCCACUGCCUCCAACCAGCCCCAAUCGGAGGAGAAACGCUAUUGGUUGAUGCUUUUGCAGCAGCAGAUCACCUCAAAGCGAAUGACCCAGCUGCUUUCCAUACUCUAACCACACAAUGCAUUGACCAUCAAUAUCUGGAGGGUAUGGGAAGCAAUGAUAGUCGACAAUUGAUUACGAGAGAUUUGCCAGUGAUAGAACUUGAUACAGAUGGAAACUAUCGACAAAUACGGUUCAACCCCUAUGAUCGUGCGCCAUUCAAAUCCCUAUCGGCCAGUGAAGAAGACGCAGAAAAAGUGGUGGAAUUUUACAGGGCAUACGAAGCAUAUUCCCUUCUCACCCUCUCUCCCUCUCGCUCUCUCCGUAUCUCUCUCCAACCGGGUACCGUCAUAUUUAUCGACAAUUUCCGGUUGCUCCAUGCUAGGACCGAAUUUCAGGGUGAUCGUACGAUGUGUGGUUGUUAUAUGUCUCGAGAUGAUAUUCUGGCAAAAGGACGCCCAUUUAUUCUACCGGAAGAUAGGCGAAGAUUGUAU